AUGAAAUUUGAGUACGAAAGCAUAAUUGAUGGAUCAAUCAGUUGGGAAGGUACACCAUUUGUUCGACAAGAAACCUAUAAUACGAUUGAAUCACUUCAAGAUGCUAUAGUAACAGUACAACGAUCUACAGUAUGUACAUGUGAAACAAUUCAAGCAAAGAUUGUCAAUCCCAAUUCGAUGUUACUUCAAAAUUUGAAUACAGGAGCAUAUUUUUAUGCUGAUAAACAGUCAAUCGAAUAUAUAUCAACACAACCAGAUAAUGGCGGAACAGUAUUGAUGUUUCAAUUCGAAAGUAAUACGACAGAAUAUAAUGGAACAUUAUCCUAUUUAAUGAAAGGAAUCACAUGGAAACCAAACUACGAUCUUUUUUUGACAGACGACAAUGAUGCUAAACUUCGUGCUUAUGCAAAUAUCAAGAAUGAUCAACAACGAGAAUAUAAAGUAGAAAAAACUCAAUUGUUAGGUGGUGAUCUGCAAUUAGCUACUAAUUAUCCAAAUUCUAAUUAUGGAUCUCUUCUUGAUGGAGGAGGUGCAGACUUGCAGCAAAUUCAAAGUAAUGGCGAAUAUAAAGGUUUGUAUUCGUAUUCAUUAAACGAUCAAUAUACACUUCGUUCGUUGAGUUCUAUUCGUUUACCAUUCAUUGAUAUUGUUGUCCAGUAUCAGUUCUAUUAUAAAGCGUUGGCCAGUAUUAGCACAGGACAGUAUCAAGGUGUUUUUCAAAGAAAUUAUGAUUUGACACCCAAUCAGUUUAUGCCAGCUGGUAUUAUUUCCAUUUUCGAUAAACGAGUACUUGUUGGUCAAUCAAAUUUGCCUGAUAUUCCAAAUAAUUAUACCCAAUCAAUUAAUGUUGGUCAUGAUAAUGAUGUUCGCUAUAUGAUAAACACAAAUUUGACAUCGACAAGUGACAGCAGAACAUUCGAAACUUAUGAGAUCAAUGUUCUGAUUGUAAAUUUCAAGAACAAAAGCGUCAAUGCUCAGCUUGUUCUUCAAAGAGGCAUCCAAAUCAUUCUUCGUGACACGACUUGCAAUUCUAUAGCAGUUAAUGGAAAUCAAAUGACUUUACCAGUUCAACUUGAAGAGAAUGAAGACCACCAGUGCAGAUUUAAUGUCACAGUGAGAUGGACAUAA